CUGCGGACUGCCCCUCGCCGCGAAGAGGAGGAGGUGGUGGAGGAGGAGGUGGAGGAGGAGGAGGCGGCUCAGGGCAAUCGAGAAGCGAGCCGGAGCGCAGGGCGCGAGUCGAGGAGCCCAGCCGAGCCGCCGCCGCCUCCCCGCCUUCAGUGAGAGCCCCGGCCGGGGGCUCGCCACAACGCGCCCGGGCCUGCCUCGGCGUCAGGCCCCGCGGGCAGUGCCAGGCAGCCAGGGGGAGGGCAAGCAAGUGAGCGCCGGGAGGAGGCGGCCGGAGCAAGCGGGCGCCGCGCGUGUGGCGUGAGGGGAAGCCGCUGGCCGCCCCCUUGGCCGUCCCUUCGCUCCCCCUCCCCGCUCCCCGCCCCAACCACGGAGGGCACCAUGUCUGCGCCGACGGCCAAAGCCAGUAAAAAGGAGCUCAACUCCAAUCACGACGGGGCCGACGAGACCUCAGAAAAAGAACAGCAAGAAGCAAUUGAACAUAUUGAUGAAGUACAAAAUGAAAUAGACAGGCUUAAUGAACAAGCCAGUGAGGAAAUUUUGAAAGUAGAACAAAAAUAUAACAAACUCCGCCAACCAUUUUUUCAGAAGAGGUCAGAAUUGAUCGCCAAAAUCCCAAAUUUUUGGGUAACAACAUUUGUCAACCAUCCACAAGUGUCUGCACUGCUUGGGGAGGAAGACGAGGAGGCCCUGCACUAUUUGACCAGAGUUGAAGUGACAGAAUUUGAAGACAUUAAAUCAGGUUACAGAAUAGAUUUUUAUUUUGAUGAAAAUCCUUACUUUGAAAAUAAAGUUCUCUCCAAAGAAUUUCAUCUGAAUGAGAGCGGUGACCCAUCUUCAAAGUCCACCGAAAUCAAAUGGAAAUCUGGAAAGGAUUUGACAAAACGCUCAAGUCAAACGCAGAAUAAGGCCAGCAGGAAGAGGCAGCACGAAGAGCCAGAGAGCUUCUUUACCUGGUUUACUGACCAUUCAGACGCAGGUGCUGACGAGUUAGGAGAGGUCAUCAAAGAUGAUAUUUGGCCAAAUCCUUUGCAGUACUAUUUGGUUCCCGAUAUGGAUGAUGAAGAAGGAGAGGCAGAGGAUGACGAUGAUGACGAUGAAGAGGAGGAAGGGUUGGAAGACAUUGAUGAAGAAGGAGACGAGGACGAAGGUGAAGAAGACGAUGAUGAGGAUGAAGGGGAGGAAGGAGAGGUAAGUAAACUCUACCAAGCCCUAGUGAUUUUUAGAAUAUGUAUGAAACAACUGGCUGAGAUGUUGGGAGAAUGGAGUGCUAACAUCUCUGCAUCUUCCCUUGUUUUUUAAUUUUAUAUGUUUAAUUAUAUAUGUUAGCCUAUGUCUCUGCCCCACAUGUGGGACAACCUUCCAAGGUCAGAAGACAUAGGAUCCCGUGGUGUUGACGUUAAGGGUGUGAUUGAGCUGCUGUGGGUUCUGAGAACCCUGAGGUGCUCUUGUCUGGGAGCAUGCUCUCCCCUAUCGAUGGAGAUUCCUUAGGCUAGGAAAGCAGGGUGUUGGGGAAGGUCAGUCCGAUCUCCAUUCAGAAGCCUAGUGUAGUGGAAGGGCUCAGAAUUUGCCCUGGUGCUGACUGCGCCUUUGUUCUUCCAGGAGGAUGAAGGCGAGGAUGACUAGCACAGAAGACCGAUGGAUCCAACCUUCUUUUUCAUUUUCUUUUUAUUUUUUAAAUUUCCCCAGUCCCUGGGAGCGAGUUGCAGUCCUUUCCUCCCUGUCCCUCUGUGCUCAGCCGCCCUGUUUUUGAGGUCUCAACAUCAUGGUUCUCAACUAAUUUGGGGGGAAAAUAUCUUGAGCAAAAUACAACAGGAAAAGAAUCUUCACGUUUCUGUUCUAAAUUCAUUUUUAUCCUUGUCUCAAACUGUGGAUUCAACACCACCACCAUGCUCUGUGGGAAGAAAGAAAAGCCCUCCAGUUCCCUUGGCUCUGCUGGAGGCUGGAGGGUGCUAGGCCCCUGUGUAGUAGUGCAUAGAAUUCUAGCUUUUUCUUUUCUCUGUAUAUUGGGCUCAGAGAUUACACUGUGUCUCUAUGUGAAUACAGACAGUUAGCAUUUACCAACAUGGAUCUGUCUACUUUCUCUUGUUUAAUAAAAAGGAAAAAAAAAGAAAAAGGGGGGGGAUAGACAGUGAGCAAGGGUGGGAUCGAGGUGUCGGGGGGGUAUGUGGGCAUCUGACAACAUGGCUUCUCCUUUGGCAUGUUUCAUUGUGACGUUUAACAGACAUCCUUGCCGUUUAAGGUGACACUUAAAUAAAAUAAAACUCUCCUGAUGAAGACUUGAGCCCGCCACUCACGGGAGAACCAGCAGACGCUGUAGGGGUUUAUUUGGAGUUGGCAUUCUCUGUUGUAACUUUCAUCUUUAGUUUUUUUCUUUCCUUUUUUUUCUCUUUUUUUUUUUUCUCUUUUUUUACUCUUUUUCGGUUUUCACUGGAAGGAAAAAGAUGCUCAUUUUAAAUGUUGCCGUGUACAAGUUGCUUUGUUACAAUAAAAUCAAUGUGUACACAAAGGACCUGAUGCUUUUCUGUCAGAAGAGAUGCUCCACAGACCUUCCAAGUUUGACCUGCAUAAUGACACCAUGUCAAACUUUGUCUCCCUAACUUCGUAUUUUUUAUACGCACUUUGCAGGAUGACCUCAGGGCUGUGCAGAUUGAGUUAAAGGGAUUUGAAUCAUGUCUUAACGUCUCCGUAACUGAGUGGGCACAGCUUGCUGCUGUGGACUCGUACCCUUGGUUUUUAUCUCACAUUUGGCAUUUUUUUAAAAAAAAAAAAAUAAGGGCCUUUAGUUACCUGGAUCUCAUGGCAGCACCUGCUCCCACUGUCACUGACCUGAUACUCUAAUGCCAUCUACAAAGGACAACUGCUGGUGUGAACUGGCAGUGUGAACUGACCGAGAAGGUGGGCUGUCUGUCAGGGUGAGCAGUCGGUGAGGUGGGCUGUCACGGGUAUGUAGCAGAAACUCUCAGACGUGACUCUGACCUGGGUGGAUGAAGAGCUGUCUGCCCAGCGCCAUUGUGCAGAGAACAAUGUUUCGGGAAGCGACCUGAUGCAUAAGCUUUUUAAUGCUGUAAAAUAGAGCUAAAAUGAAAUGCCACUUUUUCAGAGAUGAUUAAUGGACAGCCUGGUCAAAUUCAAAGCUUUCUGAUGUAUAAAACUUUAUAAAUGGAACUACUCCAUCAAUAGGCAAAGUGUAACCAAAAUCUGUCUAGAUGGAUAGUGUGUAAUUUCUGCACAGGACUCUGUUUAGUAAAUACAUCACUGUAUACGUCAGGAAUCUUGCUCCAAUAAAGGAACAUAAAGAUUUUUUUUUGGA